UCUUAUGUAGGGUCUCAUCAGGGCAGUCAAUGAGCUUGUGCCCCAAGCAGAGCAUAGGAUGUGCGCAAGACACAUUUACGCUAACUGGAGAAAAGAGCAUAGGGACAAGGUCUUUCAGAAAAUGUUUUGGGCAUGUGCCAAGUCAUCGGAUAGAAGCCAGUUCAAUUACAAUAGGGCUAAGCUUGCACAAAAGACAAUAGAGGGUGCGAAAGACAUGAUGAAAACUACACCAGAGUAUUGGUGUAGGGCCUACUUCAGGAUUGGGUCUUUUUGUGACUCAGUUGAGAACAACAUGUGUGAGUCAUUUAAUAAUGCCAUCAUGAGAUCUAGGUUCUAUCCGGUAUUAACUGCAAUGGAAAUCAUUAGAAAGAAGGUCACUGUGAGGAUCCAACAAAACAGAGCAAAGUCUGAGAAGUGGUAUGGAACCAUUUGUCCAAAUAUUUUCAAGAAGUUGAAGGUCAACAUUGAAAGAUCUGCUAGGUGUCAAGUGUUGUGGAAUGGAAAGGAUGGGUUUGAAGUACAUGAAGGUGAGCAUAGGAGAUACACAGUCAAUCUAGAAAACUGGACAUGUUCAUGUAGAUAUUGGCAACUUUCCGGAUUACCUUGUUGUCAUGCGGUUAGUGCAAUCUACACCUGCUCUAGAGAUUUGGAUCUCUACAUUUCACCUUGCUACUCUAUUGCUGAGUACAACAGAAUUUAUGAUCAUGUUCUUCAGCCUAUCAAUGGACUAGAAGAUUGUCCAAUUUCUGAAAAACCUAGACCUCUUCCACCUAAGAAAAGAACACAGACUGGCAGGCCCCAGACAAAGAGAAGGCAGGAGGAAGGAGAGAAACCUAGGAACCAAUCAAAAAUGUCAAGAGCAGGCACUCAGGUGACAUGUUCAAGUUGUGGAACUCAGGGUCACAACAAAAGAAAAUGUACGAAUAACAAUACUGCUGGUAAUAAAGAGCAUGCCAACUUCACAAGAGCAGCUACAAGGAGAAAGGCCAAGCAAGCAAGAACAGAGCAAGCUCAUGUUCCAUCAACACAACAAAGUUCGGCUCCUGGCCCAUCAACACAAGAAGUUCCUCCAGCAUCUAAGCCACCAAAGAGGAAGAAGAAGGCCUCUGGUGCGCAAAAUAGUCCUUCCACUGCACCUUUCUAUGAGAGAGCAAAGAACAGAAGGAAAUCACUGAUACAAUCAUCUCAACCAACAUCUGGAACAUCUUCUUAUCAACCAGCACCUAGGGCGACAUCUCAGCCAAUGCCAAACCAAUCAAGAUUCUAGUGGUGGUUACAUGGCAAUAACUAAACUUCUAGUUAUUUAGCUACAAUGAGAUAUAAAUAAACUUGUGGUGCAUGGCUGACU